AUGCCUGCUCUUAAUGACGAAAAGACCUUGAGAGAGAUACGACCCCGGGUCCUUCUCCAACCGCUUCACAACAGCAUUCCGUCGGAGUUGCUACCUCGGUUCGACCCGGUCUACGUGGAACACUACAACAAAUACAAUGCUGGGAGGCUACAUACCCAUGAGGUUUCUAUCGAGGAAUUCCGCAAGAAUCCUGCCAAGUAUGCCAUCGUCUACGGUCGUGCUCAAGGACCUGAUAUUUUCCGCAUCACGGAGCAGACAUGUCCUGUGGAAGGAGGCGAGAUAACCAUUCGUAUCUUCGAGCCUGCCCCAAAAUUGGAUGAGCAUGGCAAAGCCAAGAAGAGGGCUGCAUACGUCAACUUUCACGGAGGAGGCUGGGUGUUUGGCGAUCUCUCAGUUGAUCAUGAUUUCUGCAAGACACUCGUCGAUGGCCUGGACGGGCAAUUAGUCGCGUUUGAUGUCGACUACCGUUUAGCUCCUGAGCACAAGUAUCCAAUCCCCGUCGACGACUGCUGGGCCGCUUUCAAUUGGAUCCGCUCCCAGAAAGCAGAGGAGUUCAAUGUUGAUCCAGAUCGAAUGGCUGUUGGAGGUUGUUCGGCCGGAGGCCACCUGUCGGCCGUGGUCGCUCAUCUCUGCCGUAAUGCCGGCAUUCCAUUGCGUCUGCAGGUGCUGAACGUGCCCGUAUGUGAUCUACACAGCGGCUACACUCCGGAUGGCGACUUCGAUCGGGAGAACUGUCCCUAUGAGUCCUACAGAGAAAUGGAGUUCACCGCAGCUCUUCCCGUCGCACGAAUGGCCUAUUUCCAUCGUCACUUCUUGGGGGUUCCCCGACCAGCACGUUCAGAGGAGGACUGGAAGAUCUCCCCCAUGUUUGCGCCUGACUUUUCUGGACUAGCACCUGCGUUGGUCUUCACCGCCGAAAUGGAUCCUCUGCGGGACGAAGGGGAGGGUUACGCUGCCAAAUUGAAAGCUGCCGGUUGUCGAGUGGAGAUGAUGCGUAUGGCAGGAGCUCCCCACACGUUUGCCAUGUUGAAUGGCAUCAUGGAGAGCGGCCGUAUAUACAUUGAGAAGGUCAUUGAAGCGAUGAAGCGGGAACUGACUGUGUAA